AUGUCUUGGGAGGAGUUGUCAGCUGUUGUUGCUGAGAAUCCUAACGAUUUCAAGAGCUGGGAGAAACUUAUCUCUUCCGCCGAACAAAUUAACGGCGGCAUUGUAAAGGCUUCUAGUGAUGAAGACAAAGAGCUAUUGAGGAUCCUCUACCAGAACUUUCUUGUACAGUUCCCCCUCUGUGAGCAAUACUGGAUAAACUACGCAUUGUGGGAGUUCAAGCUUGGUGAAACUGAAAAGGCAAAAGAUAUUUUUCGAAAAUCACUAACCACUUUGCCCAGGUCCCUCUUGAUCUGGGUGGCAUAUGCCAAGUUCAUGAUUGAUGUUGAGACCAAUCGAGAUAAGCUGCAUAACCAGGUACUUGAAAAGGGAAGAAGAAUGAUAGGCUUACAUUUUUACUCGCAUCUCUAUUACGACGUGUAUCUGGAUUACUUGAAAAGUGAAGACUACAAGAGAUACGUCUUCCUGCUGAGAAGAAUACUAGAAAUCCCUUUAUAUCACUACAGCAAAUACUUCAAACUGUGGUUCAAACUAAUAGAAAAUAGUGACAUGGAAGGCAUUACCUUAAUAAUUAAUGAAGAUGACCUCAAAAGUUGGGGUCAUAUGGGAUUACAGGAUCUGAAAGUCAAACUUAGAAAGACUUAUAUCGACCUGUAUAUUACAACACAGUACCACACUUUCAAGCUUUGGAACCUUGAGAAAAAACUAACACAUUCAAAUUACUUCUCAGCCAGCCCUCUGCAAGAAAUUACAAGAAAUGACUGGGUUUCGUAUGUUCUUUUCGCCUACACCCAGAGCAUGGCAAACCCACAUACAAAGAACCAACAUUUGCCUUAUGUCAACGAUCAAUUCUUUCUGACAGUAAUUGAGAGAUGCUUAAUAGUUACUGGUACUUAUCAAGAUUUCUGGCUUAUUUAUGCCGCUUAUUAUCUACGCAAAAACAUGGUUCAACAGGCGAAAGAGCAGCUACUACGAGGAAUAUACUUGAACCCGAUAUUAAACGUUGAUUUAAGAAUACAGUUGGUCGACUUGUAUCUAAUAACCAAAGAAGUCCAAAAAGCCCAUUCAGUGAUUGUAGAGUUGUAUUCGUUUCUACCGAAUAGUUAUGAAGUGUUUUUGAAAUACUUAACUGUUGAAAGACUUGCACAGAAAGAUUUUGACCUGCUGAAGGAGUUCCAAGACAAAUUGGAAGCUAUGCAGUCGACAGAAUACGAAGCCCAGUUUGAUUAUCUUUUUGCGGAUAUUCUCAGAUAUGAUAUCCCAGUUGAGAAGCUGCCGGACCUUUUCGAAAAGUACGACACUAAGUCAUCGCUGAUAUAUUGGAAAAGCUACCUCUCAUUAAACAUACUCUAUCUAAAAUCAUUGAAAAAGUUUGAAGCAAUUAAGACAUUAGCCUUGGAAAGGGUGAAUCCCAAACUCAAGGACGACCUAGAGGAACACAUAAGAGGAAUAUUUUACUGA